AUGAUUUUUCAGAGGAUUUCAGUGCAUCGUGUUUUUAACAAGCGAGUGAAUCUUGCACAAAUUCAGUCACUUUUAUCGCAUUCAAUAUCUGUUUCAUCUUUGGAUACUGUGUCUGUUUUUAAUGAAAACGGUCUACCAAGGAUAACUGUCCCAUUGCCUUCGAGACGUGAGGCAUGCUCUUUCAUUUUGAAGCCCUUACAACACACAGUUGGAGAUUUGUCAAAUUUCAUAAAAUGUGAAGACAAUGGUGUAGAUCGGAUAGCAUUUUUUAGUGAAGAUGGGACUAGAAUCGCUAAAUCUAACUCAGUUGCCGACCUUCUUAGCUCGAAUUUCCAUCUUAUUAUCAAUGAUCAAAAAUAUCACGUAGAUACAUCGUCACUUUCCUUUGAGUUUAGUGCUGUUCCAAGAGAUAUAGCUGAUGCUCGACAACUAGUUGUAAAACUUGCCAGUGCCUUCCAUAUAGACGAGUUUUACGCACAGAAACAACACCAGCUUGAAAAGUGCAUUGAAGAUGUAAUUUUGCAGUUAGAGCCAUUUGAACAGCAAAAGUCUGUUAUUGCUACACAAGCCGCCCAACGGACACGUCGACUUACUUGGCUUGGAUUAGGCGCAAUGGGGGUACAAUUCGGACUGUUGGCCAGAUUAACUUGGUGGGAAUAUUCGUGGGAUAUUAUGGAGCCGGUUACAUAUUUCGUUGGUUAUGCAACCAGUAUGGCCAUGUAUGCUUACUACGUCAUCACACGUCAGGAUUACACGCUACCUCAAGUAUUCGAUCGUGAAUAUUUAAAAAGUUUUUACAAAUCAGCUGAUAAACUUUCUUUUGAUGUUGAACGUUACAAUGAACUACGUGACCAACUAGCUCAUCUAAAAUCAGAAUUACGACGUCUUAAAGAUCCACUUCUACAUCGAUUACCUUUGCAACAGACGGAAUAUUUAAUCCCGGAACAGGUGGAGGAUAUUCUCAACCAUAAUAAACCCACUGCAGUUAAAUAG